AUGGCCAUUUCAUUUCACAUUGUGGUGCUGCUUUUUAUUGCCUUCGCUUUGGUCGAUGUGGCCCUGCUCAGCUUACGGACGCUACUCUCUCGCCAGCGGCACGGCCUGACAUUGCUGUACGCGUUGAUGGGGGUACAAGAGGCGAUGAUUGUGUUUGAGGUGCUCCUAACGUUCGGCUCACUCCUCUCCACCACGCUCGUCACUGCUGGCAUGUCGGGCCGCAUCGUGUCGCUUUGCUCCUUCUUUUUCCCUCUCUGGUUGCUGCGGGCGUUCUUCACCGCCUUCACGAUGGUGUACAAAAAUGUGUUGAUCCCCCGGUGGACGGCGGCGGCGCGUGCGGAAAUCAAUGCCGGCGUCUUCGCACACUCUGUGCGGGCGUGGCACGUGGCUGGCUACGGCACCGUUGUCGUGCUGGACGUCGUGUGCUGUUGUUUGUACUUCCUCUCCGCAGUGUACGUCCUCGGCUUUGUGACGGACAAAACGUUGUACGUGCCGUACCACCGGCGCCGGUGGCGCCACGUGCAGUUUGAACGGGCGUCUCGCGCGGCCGUGGCGCUGUCGGACGCGACGCGGCAGCAACAGCAGCACGCGCAACAACGCAAACGCGGCCGCAGUGGUGGUCGUGGUGAUGCCGGUGCGAACGACGACAGCAAGAACGAGGGCAGCGAGACGUUCCCCGUCACCACCCUCGCACGUACACCGUCGUUUGCGCAGUGGCAGCAGCGCGCGUCGCACGAGACUUUGACAAGGCCCAACGCGCAGUCUCUCCCGCCAAGCAACGGCACCAAAGCAGAAAUAGAAGGCCGUGGCGGUGUGGAGCAGGGCGGCCAGAAUAACGCGGCCAGCGGGCAGCGGCCAAGUGCACUCCCUACCUUUCUAUCGGUAUCGUCUAGUUGUGUUGUGGGCAACGGGGAGGAGGACCUCGACAGUACCGCGGUGUUUCCCCGUCCAGCCGGUUCGAAGGCGGCCGCAGGACGCGCCAGUCUGUACUGCCCUCAUUCCACAGAUGGCAACGCACUGCGUGAGAACAAUGGCAAAGCGAAGACGGACCGCACCGCCGCGUUCAACGCACCUCUCGAUGCGGCAUCCCGUCGUCGCGCGGUGAGCGACCCAUCGCUGAUGCCGCCACGGCCGAAGCCGUCGAACGCGUUUCUUCCUGACUUACCACCGCUUCAUCUCCUCCACCGCUUCGCCGUCAACUCGAAAGGCGAGGAAGAUCAUCUUAAUCAGUUCGCCGCAGCGUUGGUCGAGCACGGCUUCAGCACCCAAUCCCCCGACCAGACAACGAAUGUGUCGCCAGAAGUCCCGCACACAACUCUGCAAACGGGGAACCGCAGCGGCACUGGCAUCCCCAGUACAAAAACCGCGACGACAGAACGGGAAGGCAGUCGCAGCGGUUUGUCCGCCCAAGCUAUGGCGUCGUCUCGUGAUGGCCUCGCCAACACCGCGUCCCCGGAAAAGGCACUGCUAGGCAGCACGGAAUCCAACUCUACCGAGGAUGCCGCGCGUGGGGCAGCAGCUGGCCGGCGCGUGCGCCGCAGCGCGAGCGAGCCGACGUUGCGUCACGCAGGCGGGACUGCGAAGUCCUCCAGCGGUGGCCGCUCCUCCUUUCGUCACAUGCUGUCCGCGUGGAGCGGGUUCAAUGCAGGGCAUGAGCACAGCUCGUCGAGCGCGACAACAGAAGAGCAGCCACAGCAACCGGGUUCGUCGUCGUCGUCGCUGACCAACUGGCGUCGUCAAUCCUCGGACUCCAAGGCGACUCCUUCAUUGCACACUCCACCGCGGAAGCGCGCGGCUUCGCGCGUGCGGUUCGCGUUGGAUGGCAGUGGAAGCGGCGACACCCGCGGUGGACACUCCACACCGCCGCUGCCGCCGCGUCCGCGGCCGAGUUUCCGCAUAGAUCAGGCAACCGGGAAUGUGGUGGCGGUGCCGUCGACAAACGUUUAG